AUGUUCAGUUUAUAUGUUAUCAUUCUAGUUCUUGGUAUUAAAACAGUAGUGGUAAGUCUGAAAUGUCAUUUUAAAAAAAGAAAUUUUUAAUUAAAAAAUUUUUUUUGGUUUUUAGACAUAAGGUUACUGUAACAAAUUUAAAAUUUUUUUUUAAAUUUAAAAUUUUUUCUUUAGAAAUCAUCAGAAGACGCAUGUGAAACGAUAGCCGAAUGGCGACAGCCUGCAGAAGCCUACACAGCUACAGAUGAACUGGUGGGUAUAGUACAAGAUGUAGGACCACAAGUCUUCUACACAGUACGAUGCAACGAAACACAAGAGGCCACACCCUGCAAUGGGAUUCAGCAGGGGUAAGAAAAUCAAUAGUUUAAAUUUUUGAGCUAAAAAAUCCGAUUUUGGAUUUGUGACGAAAUGUCAAAAAAAUAUUGGAAAAAUGAACGAACGUCACAAAAACUAUUGAUUAAUAAAGUAUCUAAAAUGACGUUUUUUAAACGUUUAUUUAGCAUUUCUUGAUUUUUUUUUGAUAUUUUCAUGAUUAUUGAAAAAAUUAACGAAAUGUCAAAAAUUUAUUGGAAAAAGUGACGAAGUGUCACAAGCGCUAUUUUUCUUAAUAAGCAUAAAAAAUUCGUUUUUAAUGUUUUCUAUUUUCACUUUUUACAAAAUUCCGUUACUUUUUUAAUUAUUGGAAAGUGUGACGAAAUGUCACAAAUUUGAUUUUCAAUUAAAUUUCUAAAAAAUAUUGAAAUUAUAACUAAUUUCACUAUUUACAGAUUCGAAUCGCACUGUGAAACCAGGUUCAACCUGGUAAUGGCCCUAACAUACGUAAAAUCGGUCGAUAAACGGGCAGUACAUUUGACCGACAUUCUGCGCCAGUCCAAUUUGGACCGACCGACCAAAUGGCAAAUGAUCAAAGUGCCCGGUCAAUGCGUUUGUACGGGCUUGAAGUUGGUGCGGCACGCUAAACAAAAACUAGCCAGUCAACUGUUUCUACAGUAA